CUCCUAGUGUGAGUUACGGCUUCAACGCUUUUUGAGUUUAACUUGUUCACUUUCAAUCUCCGGGUUGAAUUACUGCCUGGUUUUAGAUUUUAAGCUUACCAGAUUCUCCACAUUUAUCGAAUAUCAUCACAUCCGUUUUCCUUGCAGAGUCACUGACUCAAGUUUUUCUUCUUUCUGGAUUUCCGUACUAUCUAACUGAUACACACUUUUACGCAUGAUAUUUUUUAUCACUUAUCUAACUUUUCAUCUAUAUAUAUAACUGAUGAAAUUUUCGAAGAUAUAAGCUCUUGAAAGGGAGUAUGAGCUGGUGUUAUGUACUGUAGAUUAUUAGUGCGUAGUUCUAAUGUUUUUGCUCCUACUUUGUUCGAAGCAUGCUCAUAAGCACAGCCUUCUCAUACUUCAAGUUAAAAUACUUUAAGUCUCGAUAAGUUCUGGAAAUCGGUGGUCAGUUGAUAAAUCUUUGAAUCUAUGUACUGUCGAAUGUACUCAGCAAUUAUGUUGUCAAAAGUUUGUCCCAUGUUUUUUUUAAGAGUAAUAUUUGGACACUGUGGUUGAGUGUAUUCUAAUAUGAGAUUGUUUAGUGGACAUAGCACAGUGAUACUGCUACCGAUACUGCUACCGGAUGAAGUUCGCAUGAAAAUUAUUUACUCCUAUUCAUAUCAUUUUCAUAUGGAUAGUUGCAAUAAAUGUCACACGAAGCGGUAUCGUUUUUUAGCGUGGUCAAGGGAGUUCACGGAUAGAUAUUCAUUAGCUCGUACAUGAGGUUACUUCUCAUCCCAGCACAUAAAUACUCUACGACUUGGAACUUUUCUUACCCCGAACGCCUCGACAAACAUUUUUGCCUGUAAUACCGUCAUCUUUCACGAAUUUGAACUGUAAACUCUGAGUUUCUGUCUCCAGCUAGGUGAAAAUGGAGAUUCGUGAGAAUAAACUGCCAACAACAAAUAGAGUGAGAGCUAAUUCUCUACUGAAAGCAGGUCUGUGAGGAGGAAAGUACACAUUCACAAAUAUCCGUCAACUAAGCCGUCUCUUACAGUCGUUUGAUGUCAACUUAUUAUUGAAAUGUCCUGUUAAUUCUCAUUAUUUUCGCGAAAAUCGUGAAAUGCAGUACAUUGAAAAACUUCCAGAAGAACUCUGCUGCAGACCCAAACCCCUUAUCGUCUUUUCUGGUUUAGACACCGAGAAAAAUCAGGUUCAUCGAUCAGUCUGGAGAGCUUUCAAUACUAGCAAAAGCCAUAACCGAGAGUCGUUUAAUUUUCGUUGCCAACCGAUUGAUCAUCAGUUCCCAAAGCCAAAGUAUAAGCAACAAGCUUCUUAUGAAUGGUUUCUCCCAAGAGGUAUACUUAAAACGGGUUGGAUGAGGAAACAUCUUGAAGAAAUACCUGCAUUUGUGGCUUUGUUUUAUGAUCUAGAUUGGGAUGAGCCUCAGUGGGAAGAAAGGUCAAGUGAAUGUGCUCAAAUGGUGGCAACCGUUCGAUCAAAACUUGCUGGUCGUGAAAGUAAACUGGUUGUCGUUCUUAUUCAGAAACGUGCUCCUUUGCCGCUGGGCGAAGACCUUAAUGCUAUGGAUCGAGCCCAAUCUCUUUGUACUAAGUGUGAUCUUCCAGGGAAGAACUUAUUCGUUUUGUCGCAUACGAAUUUACUUUAUGGAUGUAUUACAAGGUUGGAAGAUGAAUUUCGUGAUAUGGCAGCCAAUUAUUAUCACAACCAAGCGAGAAAAGUGAAAGCACAUAAAGAUUCACUGAACAAGGCUAGUCAUCAGCUGUUAUUUGUCCGUCAUGAGUUCAAAAUUGGUUUCUACUCUGAAUUAAAACAAGAUCAAGGAUUAGCAUUAAAACAUUACCAGCAGGCGUAUAAUCAUUUGACAGAACUGCGUAUGCUAGAUGCACAUAUGUUAGAAGUCAAAACUGUGGCUGGAUUUAUUAACUACAAGAUUUGCCGCCUUGCUUUUCAAAACAAUGCUUCCGAUGCAAUAUCCCAAUUCCGCAGACACAUUAAUUUCUUUUCCAAUCUUGUUGGAUUACCGCAAUUAGCAUUUGAACAUGAAGCGUGGAUGUCGAAGCAAUUUGAAAUUCUGGGAGAUCUCUUCCAGGAGGCCAUCAAAUCCAGUCUUACUCCGCUUAUGACUCAGCACCCUGGGUUAUAUUAUCAAGAAGCAGCCAGACAUGCAAUUUGUCGUCGUCAGCUGUGUCAAGCUCUAUGUAUACCCACGGUGAAAGCUGCUGAAAUGAAUGCAGACGACAAAUUAUUUUAUCCAUUGUCAACUGGACCUUACGAAUCCCCUGUUGGACUGGAUGUCACAUUAGCUGCAGACGGUGGUUUAUUAGCAGAAGAGAGUGAUUCCACACCUCAGUCUUUGAACUAUUCUUCAGAAUCUUCUAAAUCAAAGCGUACAGGAAUUAACACUGCAAUGUUUGUUCGUGUACAGUCACCUCAUUUAUUUAAAAAACAGAUUUCAUUGGCUACAGACAAUUCUAGUCUACCGCCUUCUUAUUCACCCAAUCAGUUAUCUCCAGUCGAAAACACGUCAGCUAUGGAAAAAGUGGAUGGCCUUGAAUUUUACGGUCAAAGACUUUGGCGUCAAGGGAUUCAGAGCAUAGAGCCACCAAAUCUAGCUAAAGAACGAGAAGGAAUCUUGAAUCUACAGAAGGCGGAACUUGAGGUUGACCAUUCUACUUUCAUUAUACCACUUCUGGAGCAGACUCGACUGCAGUACAAACGAUAUAAGGCUGAACGAAUGAAACUGUAUCCAUGCAUUUUAAUGGGCUCUGAAUACUAUGAUAAACAAGAUUAUGAUAAAGCUCUUAGUUGUUAUUUGAGUGUAAUCAAUGAAUAUCGUAAUGAGAAAUGGUGGUCUCUCUAUUCUUUCACAUUGAAACGAAUUGUGACAUGUGCAUAUUUAGUCGCUCAGCCUACAAUAUUUCUCUCAUCCUGUUUGGAACUUCUUGGUCCGAAUAGUCUGAUGCCGACCUCUGAGAAAAUACAAGCUCAACAGGCUGCUUUUGAUUUUCUUAAGACGGGUAUACCUAAUCUUAUUGUAUUUGCACCUGAACUUGAUCACACUGUGAAAAUAAUUGAAGAUGGAUGGAGGAAGCAGUCAGAAAUACUAAUGCAUAAUACCCUAAAUACCUUAGUAGAAUCGAUACAUAAUGAAGUGGCUGAUGAAGACGCAAUGAACUUGGAAAGAAUCUCGCAUGGUGACCCCUCAAAAAACAAAACAGACCCAUGUUUGGGAGCAAAUUGUAGAAUUUUAUUGGAUAUUACGCGUCUGAAUACAUGCAUUCAGUGCAAAGUAUGUUUUACACAGGUGGAAUAUACAUUUGGCCAACCGGUACAGUUAGCUAUCUUUCUGAGGUCGUUUGCUCCCUUACCUAUUCUUGUUCAUCAUGUCACUGUGAACUUUUCACACAAGGUUGAAUGUCCAACUUCCAUGAAUGUAUCAUCUAAUGUAAUCAACAAACCUUCACUGGCACAUGUUUCAACUCAUCAAAUCUCUCAAACUUGGUCAUCUAGAUUUAUUCUGACUUCAAAAGAAAAAUUCAAAGUGGUAUUGCUUUGUCUGAAUCCUGAAAUACUUGGGAAUCAAAUAAAAGUUGAUUCAGUCCAGUUAGGUUUGUUACCACCUGAUUCUGGUUGUGAAGCAAAAGAUGUCAAAGAACUUAUAUUGUGUACAGUUUCGUGGCAGUGGAGUACACCAUCAGACUAUAAUUCUUUUUCUAGUGAUCGCAAAAUCAUUGGUCAUAAACACCAUGGUCACAGAAAGCAACUUGAUAGCAGUCUAAAGUCAAUAUUUCAUAAUAAUUGUGGAUUAUGGAGUAAAGACGUUGUUCUUUCAAUCCCAGAACGUCAAAUUCAGAAAAAUCCUCUUAGAAUUGAACAAAAUGGAUUUGAAAUUAAUCAUGGUUUCCCCAAUUUUCCACCAGAUUGGAAUAUAAUUGGGAACAGAGUUCGAACUGAAAUGCAUCAUCCGUCUUCCAGUUUGGAAAUUAUUAUGCCGCAGGAUAUUUCUAUAUUGGCCAAUGAGAUUUCACAGAUCAGUUUAACUAUUCGUAAUCCCACUCAGAGUGAUUGCACAAAACUGAGUUUAACUGCUCGCCUAAUCCCAAAAGAAACGGAUGCAGUCGAAGCUGUUGCUACUGGUACUCCUCCUUCAACUGCAGUAGCAACAACUACUGCUACUGCAGAUGCAAAUACUACAGGGAACUAUUUGUUGAUUGGUGAAUCAUCACAGCUCAUUACUCUCAUGUCGAGUAAAAAUGUCAAUACCUCACCUAAUAAAUUAGGUGUAUAUUUUGUAAAGCAGUUAGACGAUAUCCCAUCAAAUCAAUCUAUAUGUGUGACAAUUUCAUUAUGUUGUUCGCCUUCCCUAUACGAUUCUAAUUCUGUUCAAACUUUACUAUGCCAUUUGAGUUUCUCCACUAAAAUCUCACUUUGUGAAUAUCCAGAUUACCUAUUGUCUUUAUCGGAUUCAUCUGAUACAACAACAACAGGAUAUAAUAUUGUACAUAAGUCUGUAAAAUCAUCUACAGAGGAAAAGGCUAAUCAGUUGACUCCUUUAGUUGAACAAGCUUCAAUGGAAAUUCAGUGCACUCUGAACAUUGAAGCUAGUGUGACUGUUUCGUCUGCAUUUGCAUUAGAUUGUAAAAUACUUUCACUAACGCAACAUCCUGUUACAAGUUUAGUAGUGAACGAAGAAUUUCUGCUACUCCUGACUUUAACUAAUAUUUCCACUUAUGGAUUGAAACUUCAUGAUCUAUGCUUGGAACUGGUUGAAGAGAUAUCGUCUUCCAAUGAAACUAAUAACGUUUGCAUCAAGAAUUUAAUUGUUCAAGCAUCCGAAAGCUGUACUGAAUGUCAUAUAUUGUUAUUGUCCGAUACAGUAAAUUCAUCGAAGUUGAUUAAUUUAGGCUUUCUUAUUAUCCACUGGUCACGCCUAUCGUCCUGUAAUUAUGAUGGUGUACAGCCCAGUGUUACAACAACAAAAUUCACUCUUCCAGCACUUCCUGUUUUGUAUUUACCAAUUCAGAUUUGUGCAGAACUGCCAGCUUUUGGUGUUGCACUCACUGCUUUCCCAAUCACUUUCAUCUUACUUAAUAAAACUAUCUAUCCACAGGAAGCAAUUUUUCAGUUGGAAUCGAUUCAAGGUUUUAUGUUCUCUGGUCAGCAAAAAGUGAAGCUACGAUUAUUACCCGGUUUCCCUCAUUAUCUGAAUUAUACACUUCUUCCACUAGUAUCUGGAAAUCUGAAGUUGCCGUGUCCACAUAUUAUGUUAGAAAGUUAUUCUUCUACGUCAUCGUCAAGUACACCAAAUGAUCAAUUGAAUAUACACUUACAAAUGGAAGAAAAUCUCCUUCGAGAAAUUCCAACACAUCUUUUAAUAAUUCCGUCCAGUGAUUGUCUAUAUGAAUGCUCACAAGAGAAUUCACUGUUCAAUGGGAAGAAGAUUACCAGCGUAUAAUUCUUCGCUUUAUAUAUAUAUAUAUAUAUAUAUAUAUAUAU